AUGGAAGAGCUUAAAAUCCACUCCGAGCCUACCACAGCAUCAAUUAGCAGAACCUCGUUAAGAAGCUCCACAAAUAUUCAUCAAAAGCCAGGAGACCAUGCUACAAGGAAUUUCAAUAUUCUCCCAAAGCUUGCAAAUGGCAAACCCCUCAAUAUUUUUACUCUCUUUGCAUUAUACGCUAAUUCAGGAGAAUUUAACAUUAAUCUGCCUACUACACUUAUAAAAUCAGAAGAAAUAUCAGUCCCUUGUUUACUGACUCCCCCCCUCCGUGAGUGAACAAAAACAUUAGAAAAAUCCCUAUUUUUUGCCCAAAAACCCACCCUCCGUGAGUGAACAAAAAUUUUUUAAUAGAAAAAAUUUUUUAUGGAAAACAAUUUUGAUAUAUAAGUGAUAAUUAGUAUAAUGAAAUCUAGAGCUAAUUCUAUUUAAUUUUAAACAAAAUUGCUUUUUAAAACAUAAAUUUUACAAAUUUAAAUUAAUAUUUGCUUUCCAAUUUUUGCGAAUUAGGAUUUUUUUUAAAUUUCGAAAAAAAAUAUUUCUAUAAAAUUUAUAUAUAAAUUUUUUUUGUUCACUCACGGAGGGGGGAGUGAGAACAAAAAAUAAUGGAAUUCUUUGUUCAAGGCAAUGCAAAGACAACGAUUUUUUUAUUUUCAAGCAUAAAACCAAAAAUUGUGAAGGGCGUGGCUACUUGUAUAAAUCUCCUAAUAAAGAUAGUAUUUUGUUUAACUCUAAAGAAAAUGCAGAAAAUUUUUGAAAUUCUGCUAACUCCCCCCCCCCUCCGUGAGCGAACAAAACCAUUAGAAAAAUCGCCAUUUUUUGACCAAAAACCCACCCUCCGUGAGUGAACAAAAAUUUUUUUAAUAGAAAAAAUUUUAAUGGAAAAAAAUUUUGAUAUAUAAGUGAUAAUUAGUAUAAUGAAAUCUAGAGCUAAUUCUGUUUAAUUUUAAACAAAUUGCGUUUUAAAACAUAAAUUUUUGCAAAUUAAAUUAAUAUUUGCUUCCCAAUUUUUGCAAAUUAGGAUUUUUUUAAAAUUUCGAAAACAAUAUUUUUUAUAAAAUUUAUAUAUAAUUUUUUUUUUAAAAAAAAAAAAUUAACCCCCCUCCGUGAGCGAACAAAAUUUUUUUGUUCGCUCACGGAGGGGGGGGGGGGAGUAAGGAUCUAACAGCUAUGAUGCAGAAUUUUGUAGAGUGUCAGUCAAAUCCGAGGUCAAUAAUAAGAGUUGUAUGAAGAUCAGGCAUGAAAUCAAAAUAUUUUAUUAUGAUUAAAAAAAAAUGAACGAAAGAUUAUUAGAAUGAUGAGAUUGUUUUAUAUAAGAAAUUGGAUCAAGGCUGUUUAUCAUUUAUAAGCUUAUAUAUUAUAGAUUAUACAAUUAUAAAUAGAAUUCAUAUUGCCAAUAAUAUGAGUGAAAGCCCUAAAAAGGCCCCUGCCACGCCUAGUUUGUAUCAGAGGAAAAAGAGUUUAAGUCUAUUAGGAGACUUUAAAUAUACAGAUAUGCUGCACCAGACAUCAAGGUCGAUAAAUAACCCAUUUAAAGUUGCGAUGUCUUUUAGAACUCUAAAUCUCCUUAUAAUAAGCAAUGUUUUUUAAAGCAUAUUCUCCAAUCAAAUUAUUAUUGAAAAUUUAAGGAUUUAUAGGCAUUUUUUGAAUCCUCCUUUAUUAAAUCAUAGAAUCAAAAUGAUUAAUUUAAUGAGAAAGAAGUAAAGAAGAGAAAAAACAAGAUCCGAUAGGAUAAUGACGGCAAAUAAAUUUCAAGAAGAAAGGCACCCAGACCUCAAAGAUUUUCAUUUUCACGAUCAAAAUAAUUUGAUUGUAAAUCCUAAAAUACCCGAAAACAUACUAGUUUUAGAAGACUCAAGCAAAGGAGCUGAGCUAGAUAUGCUUAUAGAGCAAGUGAUUUUAUUUUUAAAUUCAAAUGUAUAUAAAGAAGAAGAGGUAAAUGGGAUUAUUUUGGAUUUUAUUCCUUGUAGACAACAUAAAUGAGUUUUGCUGGAUUGUAAAGAAGUUUCUGUAGGACGAAGUAUACAUGUUGGCUGCAGCAAUGCGCCAUUAUCUCGAUGUCUCCCAUGGUACAGGGGGUUUAAUUUUACCAAACUUAUGCUGGCAAAACAACCCCCUGAAAUGGUUAACCUACAAAAUAACUCAAAUUUGCAAUUUCGAGGGUUGGUACAUAACCCCCAUUAUCUCGUGGAAAUUCAGAAUGAUGGCAAUCCAUAAGUAAAAUUACUCUAUAAAACUCCUUAUGAGAAUGGAAAAAAAUCAAAAAUUAAAAGGCGGACAAGCUCUAAUGGGGAUGUAAACAUACUGAAAAGCAUUCUACGACCUGAGACCAAAAUUAAUCCGCUAGUCUUAACUCAUGCUGAGCAUAGCCACCCUUGCGCUUUUAUGAUUCGAUCAUCUCCGCUCCCUGCUCCCAGUCCUGCCAGCAACAAAGAGCAAGACUUAUUUGACAGGUGACACAAAGUCAACGAAAAAUUAGGCAAAAUUGUAAACUUAAAGCCUUCCUAUAUAAAAGACGACAAAGAGCAAAGCAUCAAAUCUUACCAAACCAGAUAUAAUGCAAGACACGGCACAAUAAUUGAGCCAGCCACUCCAAAUCUAGAAGCAGAGCAUGUUAUAAGUCCUUUAGUCUCCAAUACCCCUCAGCCUACCUCAAAUUCAUUAUGAAAAAACGACGACAACCUCCACAUUCACAAAUGUUUUGCAGACGUCAUAGGCAGAAUUGACGAAAUGAACAUGAAUACUGAGCUUCUUAAGGUAAAGCAUCAAAAUUUGGUAGGAAAAUACGGAGGCGAUGAUUUUUGGAACCAAUUUAUCCGGUCUUUAUAUAAAAAAAUUGUGUCAAAAGAGUCAAAUCUACAUACUUUUUUUAAUGGGAGAAAUUUGGAUAUGAUAAUUGUAGGGAUGUUUAAGGUUUUUAAUGGGUGUGCCACGUUGGAGUUUAGGAGAAGAAUAAAGGCAGCACAUCAAAAUAUGGGGAUUAGUGAAAAGGAGUUUAAUGUGUAUUCGGAUUUUUUUGAAAGUACAUUGAAUGAGUUCAAAAUUGAAGAAGGGGAUAAAAGAGUGAUAAUGACGCAGAUCAGAUCGAUGAGAUGUCUGAUAUGCCAGUUUCAGCUGCAUGCCGUUUGAUUAAGAUUUUUGAUAUCCAGCAUUUUCUCAGGGAAAUUUACCGGAAAAUUUUCAUCAUAAGGUGGCUCGGAAAAAUUAUGAAUUUUCGAUCAAAUGUCUUAUGAGGACAAAAAUUUUGAUCAGGCUUUUAUUAUACUACAAAUUGUCCCGGUCAAAAGCGUGCACCAACCAAUUUCAUGCAGGGAAUUCAUAA